CCCGACUCAAUUGCAGUAUUCUAGCAUAGACAGCUGGUGAUCUUUUUGAAUCCGGCUGUCACAAGUACUAACUCAUCUAGCUGAGAAUACAACAAAUCUUCUUUGGCAAGCCCUUAGACAAUUUUGUUUUCUGAAAGACUCCAGCUGAAUUAUGCUUGAAAUCACUUGUAUUAUGUGUUCUUCCUUGCAUACGGUGCCCAAUUUCUGCUGCUGUUGGAUAGCUUUUUAUAGUUAUUGCAGGUAUUCAAGUUGUGUUGUGUUUCUUGUUACCUUUUGGAAUUUACUUGCAACAUUGCAGUUUCUAAGAUAAGCGCAUGAAUUUUAAAUGACUUGGCUGCAGCAGCGAUCGCAUGUUCCAAAGUUUGGAAAUUGGGAGGGUGAAAAUGUACCCUACACGGCCUACUUUGACAAUGCGCGGAAAGACAAGAUAAGUGGUACCAGAAUGAAUCCAAAUGAUCCGGAGGAGAAUCCUGAGGCCUUCGUGUUUUCAGGAUUGAUAAACGGAGGUGAAGCUUCUGAGUUCAGCCCGACUCCUUUGCAAAGAAACCUUGUCAGGCCAAUUUCUUCAGAAAAAUACCGACAAAAGCAGCGCUAUGGUCAUUGGAGAAACACUUCUGAUGAACCAAAAAGUGUUGGUCAGAAGAGCCCUGGUUCAGAAUCAAUCACUGAUAAAAACAAUUAUGACAAUCCACACCAGCAAAAGAGAUCUGAACGCAAGAAGAGUAUGAUGACUGAGAAUAGCAAUAGUUUUAUUCCAUUGUCACCUGCACGCAGGGCAAGAGGUGGAAGUGAUACAUCUGAUGACCUUUCUUACAAUUCAGCAUCUGUUCCCAAAUUCGGGGCUUGGGAUGAACGAGACCCCAGAUCUGGAGAAGGUUUUACUGUAAUCUUCAACAAAGUGAAGGAGGAAAAACGAAUCGCUGCAUCAAAAUUCGCACCUGCACAGCAGCCUCAGUCUAGCAACAAUGCAGAAAGCCAUAAAAGGGACACUAAAUCAAAGGUCUGCAAUUUAUUUCUACAAGGAAAUGCUCGUAAUUUGGACCCGGCACGCGCAUUUAUCUCACUUUAAUCGUUGUUUCUCUGUGCAGAUGUUUUGCUGCCUGUUUUGAACUGCAACAAGUUGAUCCUGGCGGCUUGGUUCGUCCGUCUGGUUAAAGCUUGAGAAUGUAUUGGCGGCGAUACACUCUCAGUGUUUGUUUUAUUCCUUCCGCUGCAUCAACAUCAACAGGGUUUCUGCAGUAAAAUCUGGAAGUCUUGGCAUGCAUACUGGUACUACUUUUUCCGGGCAUUCAUUUCCUUUCGUCGCAUGAAUACAAGCACUUUCGGCAAAGUUUUCCAAAGGGGAGUGUGUUUUUGUAAUAGAAUCAUCAUACUAGCUAGUAUAAAGCAAAAUGUAACAAAACCUAGAGCAUUAUCAGAAUCAGUCACUUUCUAUAUCUCAGUCUACUCCGCUGGCUGAAUAUUUCGGUGCUCUUCCAUCACUUGGGAAGUGAGAAUUCUGA